AUGGAGGCCAUUGAAGCGCGCAUGGCCAGCCUCGAGCUCCGGAUGCAGGAGCUCGAGAAUCGGCAUGCGGAGUCAGAGCUCUCCCAGCGGCAUCAGCAGGUUUUGGAAGAGGCCGGCGUCCGAGUGAGUGACGAGGCAGACGGGCACCAACACAUUGAGAUCGAGCCGCGGCAGAGCGGUGCCACCGUGACCAAAGACGACCUCGAGCUCUUGGUGGCCACAAGCUCCCACACCCUCGCUGACACCGUGCACGAGGCAAUUUUGCUUGUGGGCACGGGCGGCAUUGGGCCAGGUUCCCAGGCGCUCGUUGUGCUGGGGUUCCUCGUGAACGUCAUCGUUCAAACGCUCUUCUGCGUGAUCAUCGGCAAUUCCUUCUUGGAUAACCCAUAUCCAUCAGUGGAGGACUCGAAGAGGUGGCGCGAGACCAUCGCGCACGAUUGGAACUUCAUGGACCAGUUGGGUGCAACAUCUCUGGCGAGCCGCAUGUGUGCAGGGGACGCUACUCUGUCAUAUGCCACAGCACAGGAGAGCAUCAUCUCGGAGAUCAGGCUGUACAGUGCGGGGCUUCCAAUCAUGAACGUCGGAAGCAUGGGGGCCAUUCUGUGUCUUCUUUGUCUCACAGUGUGGUGGCUCCAGAUUCUCCGCGAGCUCUGGAGCGCAGUGAGCUUUGGUGAGGGAUGCAUCUCUCUUCCAACGCGUUCCACCCGUUUGACAGUGACCGACUCAGGUUCGCUGUCGCAGUCUCUUUUCCUUCUGAACACCGGUUCCAUCCAAGAGGUUGUGUUGAAUGCAGUCGCCCUGGGUUUCAUCCUGGAGACUGAUGAACUUUUUUACGACACCGUGGUGCCUAAAGGCGUGAAGGCGGUCAAGGACGUAAUCGAGCCACUACCCCUGUUGGAAAGCAAUCAUUGGGGCUCUUACACUCGUGCAGGAAUCACUGUCGUCAUCUGCACGGUGCUGCUGGUCGUCGCAGGGACGAAUCUGAACGACACCAUCUCUCACAUGCGCGCCAUUGAGGAGGAGAUGUGUGGCGGCAGGAAGAACUUUGUGGUCGGCCUGGGUACUGCGACGGAUACAAGCUAUGCGGUGGAGAUCCGAGAGCUGGAUGAAGGGGGCGUGGAUGCGGGCGUCGACUUCGGGGGUGCAGCACAGGCACGGCUUCGCUCCGACGGGGUGCGAGAUUUGGUGGCGAGUUUGGUUCGGAAGCCUCAGCUCGUUGAUGAACCCCGGCUGGUUGCCUCUGGCAGCUUGGGAGACUUCCUCAACCGCAUGACGAACCCCCCGGCUCAGGCAGGCCCAGAAUUCGGCCAAAAUACAUGCACCGAUGUCCAACGUUUCGACGAGCUGAUCAUCACAGGCCAGUCCAUGUUGUUGCAGAUGGGCAGGAAGCCAAACUCUUGCGCGGAAGUGGCGCCCUUCUGCAACGGACCCGAGCAGUUCAACGCUCGGCUCGUUUGCCCAGAGACUUGUGGCUGCAAUGACCCCAUGUCUGGCCAGCUCUUGCUGGACGCGCAGGACGGCUGCCCGCGGCCGGCGUGUGAAGCCACUUCAAUUUUCCAGAAGUCUCUCCAUAACAUCUCAUGCCAAGAUCGCAGCGCCGCGUCGCUGCGGGCUGACCCUGCAUGGAACCGCGAGUGGUCCAUCAAUUUAGCAUACAUGGGCCGAUUAUCGACGAGGCUGGAGGAGUACUACACAGCCGUCAGAGGCUUGUUCAUGGCAGCUGGCUGUGCAGCCAUCAACCACCCCCUGCUAUGGCACCCAGGCUUCGACCGAGACUGGUGCGUGGAGGCUCGGGGAAUACCCAAGUUCGCUUUGUUCUGCCCGGAGACUUGUGGCUGCACCUCGAACUCUUCCUCCGGAUUGAGACGGGAAGCCUGUCCCCCAAGCUGCUCCAGUUCAGCAUAG